UCUAAAUGUACCCAGCAAAUAUCUUAAUAUACCCAGCCCUAGAAUAUUAUGUUUAAUUUUCCAAAUUUACCCUUAAGUAAAAUACACCCAGCAAACUUCUAAGCUGCAAGCACCAUUCAAACCCAGCAAACAUAUACUCGAUCCAAACUUAAAUGUCAUCUUCUGGUGCGGUGGUGAAGAACAAGGAGUGCAAGGAGGAACAGCACGGCGGUGUUCAAGGUCGCCGAGAGCGGAAUAGCCCUCGAGAAAUAGGGCCUAGAGAAGAAGAGAACGUGGGAUCGAUCCACCACCAGCACCACCACCAUGACAGCGAUUUGGACUCGAACAGUCCGUCCAGCUUUACCAGUAGUGUGUUGGGCGGCCACGAUUCAGAGACUUUCACCGGCUCCAGCAGCAGCAGUAGCACCAGCGUUGACUGUUGCUCCGGUAAUAUUACCGAGGAGGAUGAGGAUGAGGAUGAGGAUGAUGGCUGCACAAGUAUACUUACUUCAUCAGCUAAAAUAUCACUAGUAUGUGGAAUGGAAUGCACUUGAUAGUUGGUGCCAACUGUGUUCCGAUCAAAGAAUGAGCAUCGGGUUGUAUACCUUUGAUCAAAAUUCUCAGUUGUAGGUUGGUCUAUCUAGUAGCUAAAUUGUGAAUUUAACAGGCUAGAGGUUUUGCAAUAUAUAUAUAUGGACCUAGUUGAUAGUCAAACUAGCCAUGAGCAACUACUAUCAGAAAACUCUGCGCAUACGCGUCAAGUGCUUCAAUUUGAAAAUUCUUUCUUGUCAGUUUCUCUACUCUGAAAAUAAUUAACAUCCCCGGAUAUGGAAGAACAUGUCAAUCAAUAUGAUAGCUAGCUUCCUCAUCGGAGUACCAACAAUAAUACUAUCAGGCUGAGUCUUUUAACUCUGUUCUUGAAUUAAUUGUCAUGGCUUAUAAUCACUGUAGAUCGAGUUGAAUGAUACCAAGUUACCAACUACCGAAAAACAUGCAGCUCAUGACCACUCUUAGAGGAAUUCAAAAAGACUUCAUAAUGUUGAAAGUAAUCAAAGUAUCUGCAGAAGAUCAAGUUAAGGAUCAAUUGUCUACAGUUGGUGUCUUCCGAUGCUAUGUGAUUUUGGCACUUGAGAGUCUCCUACAGAGUUCAACACUACCAAGACUGUUCAUGUUAUCUGCGGGAUUUAACAUUGCAUGUUCAUCUACGUAUCUCAGGAAGAUAUUUGAUUUCAGAAAAGAAAAAAAAUUAGCAUGGCAACAAUUUAUUUCAAUAUACUACACUUCUUGCAGCUGUGCUAGAUAGAAGAAAGAUCAAUAUAUAUUAUUAGGACCAUAUCGGUUUGUAGAUGGUGAGCCUAUUGA